AUGGCCCUGCCCACGCUGCAGUUUCUGGCCGGGCUCCUGCUCCUGCUGUACCUGCUGAGCUUCGUCCUCUUCGCCUUCAUCCGCGUCGUCACCGGCGUGUCCAUCCAGCGAUUGGGCUACUCGGGCCUGCGCCGCAUCGCCUUCACCCCCAGGGACGGCCUGCGCAUCGAGAUCCGUGGCCUUGGCUUCUCCCUCCACCGCCCCACCUUCGCCCAGCCCACAUGGGUCAGCAUCAGAUUGACCGAGCUCAAGGUCACCCUCGACCUCCGCGCCCUGGGCGAGAAGCCUACGAGCAAGGCCGUAGGCUCGAAUCCCUCGAAUCCCUCGACUGGCUCCACCCACAAGCCCAAAACCGCCGCCAACACGCCAGACGUGCUUGUCCAAGACAACGACCACCACCGCCCCGAGCACCACCGGCGGAGCUUGACGUGGAAGCGCUUAACCGACGCAAAGGAGAAGAUCAAGCGCCUGCACCGCAACAUCCACUACAUCUGUCUGGUCGACCUGCUGGCCUCCUCCACCACCGUCGUGGUCCUCGAUGUCGGCGCUGUCCAGGUGGGCGACCUGUCUCUGGCUGUCGACACCAGGCGCAAGACGGUCGACCGCAGCCGCCUCUUCAAUCACCACAACCUCCAUUCCACCCAGGAGCAACGGCCGGCCGAGUGGCACCUGACCCUGCGCAGCGUCCUGUUCACGCCAGAAGGAGGCGAGUCCACCGAGCUGCUCGAUCACUGCGCCCUGAACAUCCACGGCUUUCUCAAGAAGGAGCUCGAGGGCCUACGAGACGCGUCCAUUGCGCUCAAGCUGGGACGCUUGAGCAUCCCCUACGACGAUGUCAAGCUGUGCAUCCAACGCGCCAAGAAGCGCAAGCCAGCCACCGCGCGAGACCAAAACGACACCGACACCAGCCAGCCAGAUGUCUCGCUCACCGACGUGAUCGAGGAGCUCGAUCACCCGGAAAGUCGAGAGGACAGCAUCUUGCAGACCGUAUCCGAUUCGAGAGAGUUUGCUAGCUCGAUCCUGCGCGGAAUCCACGAGUUUCAGUUCGCCAUCAGUUUCGUCGGCCUCACCAAGCAGAUCAGACCGAGUCGCAAAACCGAACCAGACGUCUACCUCAACCUCGCCAUGAAGGAAGUGGGCAUGGACCUUCUGCGACUGGACCCUCGAAGUCCCGCUCACCUCAUGUACUUUUCCCCAAACGACAUAGCACACCAAGCCCUGUUGGCCGCCAUCUCCAUCUCCGUCGGUAUCGACGAUGGCUCUGGCCACCCUGAGCGCCUCCUUUACGUUCCCAUGGCCACGACCACGCUGAACACGACUCUCCCCUCCAAAACCAUACAAUUCUCCAGCGACAAAGACAGCGCCGAGCGCAACACCAACAUUCUUUUCGCUAAUCUUGUCAUUACUUCUCCCUCGCUGGAUCUGGAUCCCAAGCACCUGCCAUUACUAUUGUCCAUCUUCAACACCUACGAGACACGCCGGAGACCACAGAAGACGCGGAACAGCAGGCGAUACCUCGUUCGACGUCUGCUGCCCAAAGCGAACAUCAAAAUCUCCAUUCACGAACCCGUCAUAAGAGUGACCUUGCCUCCCAUGGAUCCUGAUCGACGAGGGACGGACGACUUUGAUCUGCUCAUCUCUGCAUCCUCGUCCUUGUCCUUGGAUGUGGAGUCGUCGCACGCCGCCGAUGGCGAGCUUCACUACGCUCUCCUCUCGACCUUCCGUAUGAACGCGCAGCAGCUGUACUACCAGACCGCAGCGAUUGAGAAACAUAGCUUGCUUCUGACAGACUACCUUGAGUUCAAAAUGCAAUUGAGCGCCUCACCUGAUGUCACGGUCGAAUUGCGUGGCAUGGCGCAAACCUUUUCUUUCUAUCUCGUUCGUCCAGAGAUCAGCGAGGGCCUACGGCAGAUCGUCACCCAUCUCCAGAAAGAUAGACGCAAAAAGCACGGCGCCCCGAAGAAGAAGGGCAUCAACUUCCUCCGCAAGCCGCCGCCUUGGCUUUCUUACGUACACCUGCAAGGCUCAGACUUCAACAUCGAAGUUGCUGGCGUCGACGAAGCUGUAUCGAAGCACAGUCGUGGAGCUGCAGUGCACCUUGACUCUUGCACGGCCGAGUACAAGCACAGUCGAGACGAAGAAAGCGACCUUAGGCCAGUGCGCCGGCGUGCACCGAGCCGAACCAUCAAUCGAGACGAGCACCUUCUCCGUCCACCGACAUCACCCUCGCCAAAGCCGCUCAAGAAGCCUUCUGGCAACGCAACGGAUGGAAGACGACUUGCACUUCACUUCUCUGGACUGGAAGGCUUUGUCAUCGAGGCUGCCGAUCAGUGGGAGCAGGACCCCUCUUUAUCAUUACCGCGCAUGGAAGUGGCGUUCAGCACGACGUCCGACAAACAAGGCCCCAUCUUCCACAUCCACUCGUUCUCACAGCGCUUGUAUGUACGGUACUCCCUGUAUCGCCACUUUGCCAUGGGCAUGGCUAUGCAAGUGUUGAGACGCUCGUUUGUCGUGCCCCAGGAGCCUACUCCUUUCGAUGAGCCCAUGUCACCCAUGUCGCCCGUCUUAUCGCCUACCCAUCUCGCAGUGCCAUCGCUCGACGGUGAUGUCCUGGGUCCUAUGGGUGGUGAUGGCCCCGAGAUUGUCACAGUCGAUUUCAAGGCCCAGUUCAUCCAAAUCAAGGCCGACAUGCCAUCCGAUCCGCCGCUUAUGCUUCAAGUCUAUGGUGUCGAGGCUGGCCAGCACCGUUGGCAGCCUCCGUUCUUGCGAUCACGCCUUCUCCGGCUCUACGCUGAGAACCCCAACGUCAAACGCGUCUGGAGCCGUAUUGUCAGCGUCAAGUCACUGCGCUUGGACUACCGGCAGACCAAGCGCAGGUACGGCCACACGGUCACCGACGACAAGUCGAUCGAUAUCGCUACAGACGCCAUUCGAAUCGCGGUACCGCAUCAGUUGGUCGUGCACAAGAUCUUUGAUAACAUCACAAACACAACCAAGGUUGCUAAACAGAUGCAUCAUCGAUUCAAGACAGGCACAAACGAGUACGUGCUGGAUAAAGCACCAGAGGGCCCAAAGCAUGUGCCGAAGAUCUCACUCCGAAGUCGCGCUGUCUUACUCGAGCUCGAGGACAGCUCUUUUGAGUGGAAGCUGGGAACCAUCUACCGCAUUGGACUCAUGGAGCAGAAGCAACGACUUGCACGUGAACAAGCUUUUGAGCUCAAGGUCAAAAAGUUGCAGCAGCAGGAUGAGCUGCGAAGUGGUGGGUCCCGCCAUCGUGCUAGGUCUGCUCACAAUGGUCAACAGGGACAUCGUGGACGGAACAAGUCCAAGGGUAGGGAGAAGAGUUCCCGAUUUCAUCGCCGUACCAAGAGUGCAGAUUCGAGCGACCUGGACUCUCUCGACGGUGAUCGUCCCAUGCGCUACAACAAAGACGGUUUCAGUGACUUGAGCGGCUCUUGUCGAACAUCUGUCGAGGACGCUCUCGAAAAGUUGAAGGUCCUCAACGCUCAGACCUGGAGGAAGCGCAUCGAUCACGCACUGGCAACGCAGAACCGCUCAAUGCAUGACAUCCGCUCCAUGUUCUGGGGUUUGGACGAGCUGCCAGACGAUUUCGAACAGAAAGAGACCAUCCUUUCCAUCCCUCAGCGGCCCGCGCUCGUGGCUUUUGCAGUCAGCGACCUCAACAUCACUGUCGACAAACCCUCAUUCCCCAUGUCGGAGUACCCCAAGUUUCUCCAGCGUGUCGGCAAAGGCAUGCCGACAGACAUGCAGUACUCUUUGCUCAUUCCUAUGCACGUCCAGAUCAAUGCUGGCGAAGCCAAGCUUCACCUUCGAGACUACCCACUGCCACUUGUACAUAUUCCGUCGAUAGGGAAUGUGGGGUCUUCACGUUUGCCUAGUCUGUCAUUGCGGACCGACUUUGUCAUCGCCGAAGAAUUUAGAGAUGUAGAGUCUUCGCGGGUGAGUAGAGUGGUCGUUGUGCCCAAGGAAGAGACUCUUUCUGGUGAGCUUUCAGGUGGCUUUGCAGUCGACGUUCGCCGCACGGUAGCGCCGGUCAAGACCUACUCGGAUAUGAACGUUGACAUCAACUCGGCGUAUCCGACAAGGAUCACCUGGGGCACUUCGUACCAGCCGGCCAUUCAAGACAUGAUGCAAAUCAUUGAGAACUUCACCAAGCCGGCUGUUGACCCAUCCGAGCGUGUGGGUUUUUGGGACAAGAUCAGGUUGACCUUCCACUCACGUAUCAAUAUCUCGUGGAAGGGCGACGGCGAUGUCCAUCUUAUCCUCAAAGGUUCUCGUGAUCCAUACAUGGUAACUGGCCACGGCGCUGGUUUCGUCAUGUGCUGGCAAGACGAUGUCAGGCUCACUCUCGCAGAAGACGAAGAUCCACGCAACUUCAUGGUCGUGAAGAGUGGAAGUUACGUUCUCGCCAUACCCGAUCUGGGUCAUUAUGCGCGCAAUGAAUCCGACGCAGAAAGCAGUCGUCCUGAGAGCGCGUCUAGUCUCGCAAGUCGUAGGCAGCUUGCUGUGUUCAAGAAGACCGUCAUGAAGCUUAACGGCAAUGUUCGAUGGGGUGUAGGAUUGGUGUUUGAGCGCAACCUGGACAGUGGUGGUCGUUCGUUCGACUUCAUCCCUCAUUACAACGUGGCGCUCAAGAACCCCAAAUACGCGAAGCCAUCGAACGGAAAGGUAGGUUUGCAAUGUGUAACACCUGGUGCAGCCCUGACAACGACCAGGGGUACGAUGCUUUCCGAGGCUUCCGCAGUCACCACAUCCACAUGUCCAUCGCCAUCGCCGCACCAUAUGAUCGUGAGUGGUCAGUGUCGAACCAGGAUGCAUCCAAAACAUACAACAGUGUUCACCUCACCCCUCGCUUCUUCACCCAAUUUUACAACUGGUGGGAUAUGUUCUCAGGCGCCAUGUCGCUGCCUGUGCGACAGGGCAAGCUAUGGCCCGGCGUUGAGAAGUCUAGCAAGAAGUUUGGCCGACAUCUGGCAACGAUCAAGUAUAACCUGCUCUUGUCGCCGUUGUACAUGAGCCACAUCUACAAGCACAAGGAUGCUGAAGAGUACGGCUCGGGCAUUGUAUCCGCUACCGGAUUGAAGGCGCGUGUGGAUAGCUUCAUGCUUGAUCUUCACCAGCGCCGCGAGGAGUUCCGCACCGUGGUUCAGGCGCCAAAGGGCAAGGAAGACAGCAAGCAGAAUCAGACCACGGGCAUGCGCAUGAAUCAGGUGCAGCUGGAUCUCAUCAAAACCGACGUUCGGGCAGUGUCAGCGAGCAUAGCAGGGACUGGUUCGGAUGAUGUGGACCAUGCUACUGCUGAGGAUCUCGCAGGCUUCAAUCAAGAGUAUCUGAGCGCUGAUCUGUCCAGGUUCACGAUCCCCGACAAUGACUGGGGCUGGGUCGACAUGGACGACUUCAUUGAACUUGGAUGGAUUCUGCCAUCCGAUCGUCAUCCCGAGACGCAAAUCCUCCCGCUCGCAUUCGCCCCGCACUUCACCUAUUUCCGCCAGACUGAUCACGCCGACAAUAUAUCCGGUGACGUUCACAGAACCAGUGCGUUCGGUAACGAGCCAACGCAUCACUGUGUCAUGUCAGCACGUAACGAUCCGCGGCGGAUUCAAUGCGACUUGAUCGAACAACGGAUACAGCGUGUCAAGAACCAGAUAGAGCACAACCAUCGUGCAAUCGGCGAACAAGAGGUCAAGAUCGUGCGUGAGAUCAGCGAUAAUCGAAAGGAAGCGGAACGCCGCCUGAACACCCUCAAGACGCAUGCCCUGUUCCUGCAACGAAAGCUGGAGUUUCUCACGUCCAUGCACGAGAGUCUUCUUGACCGGCUAGCAGCCAACGUGGCCAACGCUGUCCCGAAGGGUGAGCCAGACACGGACGAUGAGUUUUACGAAGCACACGAAGAAGAUCCAGCAAACGACUCGGACACCAAGAACAUGGACUCUGCCCCAAAUGUCGACUACAUCAGCGACUUCAACAACCGCUUCAUCAUUCACAACGUGCAUCUGAAGUGGGGAAACUCGUUGCGAAACAUCAUCUUACGCUACAUCCAUCAAGUCAGUCAACGUCGAGGCUUCGUCUACUACAUGUCCCGGAGGGCCGUGAAGUUCAUCUUGGAUGUUGUCGAGGAGCAGAACAAGUCACGCAGCCCGUCGACUUCCAGUCCUGACAUGGAUCCAACAACUCCGGAAACGCAGAGCGACCAAGGUCUUGGCAUCGACGAGACUAUUCAACAGCUUCUGGCUGACGGGAAGAAAUUCGUUGAAACCGACGAGGCUGAUGGCAGCGACAAGAACAAGGAAGCCCAAGAUAAACAAGACUCCGCGGAGAAGGAUGUCAAUGCUGAUUAUGUGCCUCAGAACGCAUACAUCGUUCGCCUCAUUGCCCCUCAGAUUCAGCUGCAAAGCGAGCGCAAUACUAAGGCUGCUGUGCUCGUGACGGCAAAGGGAAUGCAGCUUAAGGUCCUGCAGAUCAUGGACAAAGACCGAGUCAUGGAUGAGGUCUCCGGCUUGGUGCAGCGCCGAUUUACUGCUGCCAUGGACAGUCUUCAAAUCUUCGUCACCAAUGCUCAGAUCUUCAGCGGCAUGGAUGAGAUCCACAAGUACUCUGGAAGCACGUAUGGAACCCCAGCCGGCUCAGCUUGGCCACCCUGGGUGCCUUUCGAGGUCAUGUUUGAGUUCCACACAAAUCCACACGGCUUCCAGAGAGUGGUGCAGAGGACUUCAGCCAGUAUGCGGUACGACAAAUACAACACAUUGCGUCUCAAGUACAACGACGACGUUUCCGGUGAUGCUGCGUCGUCGAAGAGCGCGCAAAACACGGAGAGCAGGAUUGACCAUCUCUGGGUCGAUUUCCCUCACGUUCGAGCUUUGUGCGACUCACGACAAUACUACGCCAUAUAUGUCAUCGUUCUGGAUCUGCUACUAUACCGCGAACCGCUUGAGAAGACACGCAACGAACGUUUGGAGAAGAUCAUGCUGGCUUCUGAUUUCAGUGAUCUCACCGGAGCACCGAGUCUAGUCAUUGGUCUGCAGGAGCGUAUCCGACAGCUGGAGGAAAUCAAAACAGUAUUCCAGGUCAACGAAAGAUACUUGGACAAGCAGGGAUGGGAAGACCGCGUGGAAGUCGAAAAAGACCUAGCUGUGUACGAAGACGAACUCUUCUUUGUCAUGAAAGCCAUCACCACUGCUCAACGUAAACAAGACGACCGAGCGCAGGCCAAGCAGUCCACGGGUCUCCUUCGAUGGUACAUCUCCGCGUCGGAGAUUGUGUGGCAUUUGCUGCGCGAGGGCCAAGAGUCUCUCGCGGAGUUUCAGCUGAAGAACGCCCUGUACGACCGCACCGACAACAACGACGGGUCCAACUUCAACUCUUUGGAGAUUGAGGACGCUCGUGGCCUGAACCUGCUCCCAAAUGCGCUGUACCCAGAGAUGAUCUUACCUUACUUGGAAAACAACAAGCCGCUACCUGAGAACGCAAAGUGCUUAAAGGUUCAAUUUGUCAUGCUGGAAGCAAUUGCAGGCAUACCGGUCAUGGAGCACUUUGAAGUCAUGCUCCACCCGCUGAAGGUCCAGCUGGAAUGGGAGAUUGGCAAGAAGCUGUUCGAGUACGUUUUCCCUGCCAUCAAGGACAAGAAUGCAGAAAAUGGCAGCUCCUCGCCCUUCAUGAUCAAGCACACGCUUCCUGCGCAAGACGAAGAAGAUGAGGAUACGAAUGGCAGCAUAGCUUCCGGUGUCAGCACUAGCAUGGGCAGCUCGGUCUCGCAGGACGAUGCCUCGACUGCGCUCAGAUCCCGCCUGACGCCCACGUUGAAGCUACCGGAUCCACAAAACAAAGCUCUCGGUAGGCCCAAGAGCAGUCCUGAGAGGAGACCUGGUCUCAACGGUUUCCGAUCACUUUUCCGUGACAACAACCCGUCUCGCAGCGGGACUGAGCUGCGCCGAACGCUACAUCCCAACUCUGCCAUGGCAACACCGUCAGGCUCUUCGCUCAACAUACACGGCAGGCCUGGGUCAGUCCGCUCCAACACAUCAUCCAUGACUGCAAAUGAGUCUGAGCGCACUGCGAAGAAGUUCACCCUCUACCGAACUGGCACGGGCAUGACGACGAUAGACAAGCGCGCCGACAAAAAGGAGAAGAAAGAGAGGAGUGACGAUUUGACGCAGAUGAUGAACCGAGCAAGCAACUACAUGACACUGGCCUACGUUCGCAUCCCCUCGAUGGUACUGUGCUUGUCAUACAAGGGCAAAGGAUCGCGAAACUUUGAGGAUGUGCACGAUCUGGUGUUCAAGAUGCCCACGCUUGAGUACCGCAACAAGACAUGGUCGAACCUCGAUCUUGCCUUGCAACUCAAGAAGGACGUCAUUCGCGCGCUCAUCUCGCACGCGGGCGCUAUAGUCGGCAAUAAAUUCUCACAUCACCGCCCGAGCAAAACGCAACAGACGCGUCUUCGCCAAAUCGCGAACAGCUCCACCAUGCUCAACACGUCGCCUGACAUGAGCGGUUCAGAGGCAGCGUCUCUACGCGACCACUCCCCCGGCGGCUCAUCCGCCGACGGCGUACGGCGCAGCUUCACGUCCGGUCGCCAAGGCAGCUUCAUUUCCACCGUGUCCGAAGAAUCGUCGCUCCGGCCAGGCACGAGCGCAGACGGGCGCUCAACACACGGCUCCAUCCUUGGUGGUCUACACCGACACCGCCACGACGAACACGGUCUGGGCAUCGACGACAUCGCCGACGGACGCGCAUUUGCCGACGAGCUGAGCAGAGUAGACAAUACGGAACCAGGCCAUGCGAAUCUUAUUCAUAGUCUGAGUAAGCACAUCACGAGCGUUACGCCGUUCGCCAACCACCGUGGCAGAGACAGGGCCAACUCUACCGGCAACAACAGCAGUUUUCCGUUCGGUAGGAACGGGAGCGUGGUCGAAGAAGGCGACAGACCUGUGACAAGCUAUGGCGAGGGAGAAGAAGGCAGCAAAAACAAGAAACAAAAGGCGCUCGCCGUAGGGAUGAAGCUGCUAGGUCGAGGCCCAAGUAAGGACUGA